UAAAUCCCCCUAAUCCUGCGUCCACCACUCAUCACUCCGCUCUCUCAUCUCUCCUCCUCCCGGCCACCAAUGGCCCUCUCCGCCGCCGCCGGGGCCACCACGGCGACCGCGUUCGCGUCGGGUCGGCGCCUCUCGGUCUCCUCCCCGUGCCCCUCCGCGUCGGCGUCGCUGCCGUCCUUCCUCGCCGGCGCGUUCCCGUGUGCGGUCGCCGCGAGGCGGCGCGCGGCGCCGGCGGCCCGUGCGGCGGUCUCCGUGCGCGCGGAGGCCAAGAAGAGCGUGCUGAUCGUGAACACCAACAGCGGCGGGCACGCCGUGAUCGGUUUCUACUUCGCCAAGGAGCUGCUCGCCGCCGGGCACGCCGUCACUGUGCUCACCGUCGGGGACGAGGGCUCCGACAAGAUGAAGAAGCCGCCCUUCUCCCGCUUCUCGGAACUGACGGGAGCUGGCGGGAAGACGGUGUGGGGUGACCCGGCGGACGUCGGCGCGGCCGUCAGCGGCGCGUCGUUCGACGUCGUGCUCGACAACAACGGCAAGGACCUCGACGCCGUCAAGCCGGUGGCGGACUGGGCGAAGGCGUCCGGCGUGGGGCAGUUCCUGUUCAUCAGCAGCGCCGGCAUCUACAAGCCGACCGACGAGCCGCCGCACGUCGAAGGGGACGCGGUGAAGGAGAGCGCGGGGCACGUGGGCGUGGAGAAGUACAUCGCGGAGCAGUUCAGCAGCUGGGCGUCGUUCCGGCCGCAGUACAUGAUCGGCUCCGGCAACAACAAGGACUGCGAGGAGUGGUUCUUCGACAGGAUCGUGCGGGGCCGGCCGGUGCCGAUCCCGGGCAACGGGAUGCAGCUGACCAACAUUGCGCACGUCCGGGACCUCUCCAGCAUGCUGGCGCUCGCCGUCGAGAACCCCGGCGCGGCGGCCGGCAAGAUCUUCAACUGCGUCUCCGACCGCGCCGUCACGCUCGACGGCAUGGCGAGGCUGUGCGCGGCCGCGGCCGGCGCCGCCGUGGAGAUCGUGCACUACGACCCCGCCGCCGUCGGCGUCGACGCCAAGAAGGCCUUCCCCUUCCGCAACAUGCAUUUCUACGCGGAGCCCCGGGCGGCGAAGGAGGCGCUGGGGUGGGCGAGCACGACGAACCUGCCGGAGGACCUCAAGGAGCGGUACGCCGAGUACGCCGCCAGCGGCCGCGGCGACAAGGACAUGGCCUUCGACCUCGACGACAAGAUCCUCGGCGCCGUCGGGAUUGUGCCGGCCAGCGCCACCGUGUAGGAGGAAGCAGGCAGUAUCAAAAGACAAGUUUUGUGGAUAUAUAUACGCUAGCAGGUCCUCCUGGCACGUCGCCAAAGAGGCAAAGACGCUACAUAAACACGAGAAACAUUUUUUUUUUUGUUUUGUGCAAUGAAAGAGAGAAUAUAUACGACAUGCAUGAUAAUGAUGCUUUCCUGUAAGUCUUGCUGUAAGUAAUAGAAGACCGUGCAGUUUCGGACAA